CGUGGCAGAGCACAACAACGUCCGUCAGAAUGGGACUCUGUAAAUGCGCGAAGAAGACUAUAACAAAUCAGUUCUGCUUUGAACACAGGGUCAAUGUCUGCGAGCACUGUAUUGUUGAUGAACAUCCGACAUGUGUUGUUCAGUCCUAUCUAAAGUGGUUAGAUGACAGCGAUUACAAUCCAGUGUGCCGGAUAUGCGAUGACCAGUUGGCUGCAGGGGAUUGCAUACGGCUUGUGUGUUAUGAUGUCUUUCAUAAGGAGUGCUUGAAUGACUGGGCCAGCCGCAUGGCUCCAAACACAGCCCCUGCAGGAUACAAGUGUCCAGUAUGUUCCUCGCCUGUAUUUCCCGCCCCAAAUUUAGUGUCGCCUGUUGCUGAUCGUCUACGAGAGACGAUUUCCAUCUAUCCCUGGGCACAGACUGGCCUGGGCUUGCCUUUGAUUAAAGAAACACAAAAUGAGGGAACAUACCAUCAAGAUUGGAGUGCUGUCAAUGGCAGUGUCAUCUCUGAGUCUGAGAGUCAGGACAGUGCCAAUGUUGACCCCUCCUUAUUGGCAAAUAAGAAGCCAAAGACGGAAACAUUUAGACCGCAGACUCCGAUUCAUUCCCAAGGACUAAGCAGCAAUACCAGUGCUGUGAGCGGAAAUAGCAACAAUAGUGUUCGUGUCACAUCCAUGGAAGACCCUCUAGUCACUCCUUCACAGUAUAGAGGUGAAGGCCAUAGUAAUUUAAGUAGUGUUGUACGUAAAGGCUCUUCCUCAGAGACACGCCUCUUAUUUAACACUGAUGGUGACGCUGAUGAUGAGGAAAACAAGUAUAAGAGAAGAUCAGCUAUUGAAUGGUUUAGCAGGUGGUGGAGAACAAUGAGCCGUCCAUCAUCGCGACACCACCAAAGGCUGCUUGGAGGAAGUCGACGAAUGGUCAUGAUCCUUGUCCUAUUGGCUGGUGCCACCCUGCUUGUGAUCCUGUCAUACUUUAGCCAUGGAGCAUCUGAUGACGAUCCUCUCUUAGAUCCUUUCAAUAACCCAAAUAUUCGUAUUGAGGGAGAGUAAGUUUGUAGCUGGUGGUGGUUUUCUGAAUGCAGAAGUGUAGGUAUACUAAAACUACACCUCUGUUGGGACAAUUAUUAGCCAAAAGUGUCCUUUCAGUACUAAAAUUUGUAUGAUUUUUAGUUGCUGUUAUAUGAUAAAACAGGAAAAAAUAUUAGAGACAUUUUGUAACCAUAGACCCACUUUUUUUUUUUUUUUUUUUUGGGGGGGGGGG